ACACUGUUGCUGUUUAAGAUCAAGAUGGCUUCGCUUUAGAUGUUGUAGGUUAUGUUGAGUCAAUAAAAGUUAUCGGUUGUUUUUUAUUGUAGAGUUAUAUUUAGAAAUGUCCUCAGAGCAAUUAUGUUAUUAUCCAUUGAAUUGCAAUGCUUAUCAAUAAUCAAAUGUUUUUAUCUUUGAUAAGAUAAAAACUAUCUUAAAGGAAAGUGAAUAUUGGCUCCCAAAAAUGCCGUGCUGGUAUUAUGAAAAGAAGGAACUGCGAAAUACUCCAUCAGCCCAAGAUGGAAUUGAUUACGAUACAGAAUGUCGUUACAGAAAAGAAGGAGCAAGAUUUAUUAUUGACACUGGUACUAAAAUGGAUCUUGGUUAUAAUACUAUGGCCACCGGAGUUGUCUACUUUCAUCGUUUCUACAUGUAUCACUCAUUCCGGACUUUUCCUCGAUAUGUGACAGCCUGCUGCUGCCUGUUCCUAGCUGGGAAAGUUGAGGAAACACCCAAAAAAUGUAGAGAUAUUAUAAAAACAGCAAGUGACCUUCUAACUGAUCAGAAAUUUGCAACUUUCGGUGACGAUCCAAAGGAAGAAGUGAUGACUUUGGAACGUAUUCUGUUGCAGACCAUCAAGUUUGAUCUUCAAGUAGAUCACCCUUACGGAUUUCUAUUGAAGUAUGCUAAAUGCUUGAAAGGUGACAAAACAAAACUUCAUAAAAUGGUACAAAUGGCCUGGACUUUCGUUAAUGACAGUUUAUGUACGACGUUGUGCCUGCAAUGGGAGCCGGAAAUCAUAGCAGUGGCGUUGAUGUACUUGGCUGGCAAGUUGAGUAAAUUCGAAGUGGUGGAUUGGGUUGGCCGCACCUCCAAACACCUCAGAUGGUGGGACAUGUUCAUUGAGGAUGUCACAAUGGAUCUCCUCGAGGAUAUUUGUCAUCAGGUUUUGGACCUGUAUUCACAGCCUCAAACCAAUUCAGCUCCCGAUUCACCUCCAAUGACUAGAGCUCCGCCCAAAAAAGAUCUUCCUCUGCCUCCUGGACCACUGCCCACCACACCUGUUGGAAUGCCACUAGCUCCAGGUGCACUGCUAUCGCAGACAACAGUGAAAGCGUCGUCCAAAGUGGUGGACGCAAAGGCGAUGAUGACAAACGGCAGUGAUAAGGCGGCAGUGCUACAGGGUUUGGACGACAAGAGCACACCUCCAGCGGUGCCAGGGGCCAUACCCACCACCUACCAGUACUCGAGUGCUCCAGUGGCACCCCCCUACUCCGUGCCCCCCACCUACCAGCCUCACGGCUACCCGGCUCCCCCUUACGCCGCCGCUCCUCCCCCCGCCUACAACCACACCCAGUACUACCCCCCUCCACCUCCCGCGCCACCCACUGGCGGGGCAGUGAGAGCGCCCUACUAUCCGCCACACAACUGACCACACCGCUGCGUCUAUUUUUCUGGUAUUUUGAUAUUGUCGAUAUUGUUCAUUAAGCUAAAUUUGAAUAAAUUGAUUAUUAUAUAAAUCAUAAUUAGUAAACAAUAGAUUAAUAAACGAUGCCGAAUUAGCCUAUGAAAAUCAGACCAUCAACCGUCUCGUUUGACCUGGCUGUUUCAAGUCUGGAUUUAGUGCUUUUCAAGUUACAACGGUAUUGGACCAAACUAAUGCUGGUUGCAUAGUAAGUUGGUUCGCCAUCAUGUUAUAUUAGAUGUACUUUGUCAACUUCUAAAAGCAAAGUAGCCUAAUGAAGUUUAUACUAUGCUAUUAACACAAUCUUAAUAGCUCUGGUCAUAUGAAGCCAGUUGGAAGGAAAGUUGGUAAGUUGGUUGGCUCAAGCUACUUGUCCUUUCUGGACAUUUUAAUUUGCUAUAUUCAUGCAAUAUUUUCCUGUGAAAAUUGACUAUUAUGUGCUAAAAAGAACAAUUCAGCUUGGCUCAAUUCGCCUCUUAUUUUCAUAUUAUACAAACAAGAACCAUCUUCAUGCCUACCAAAUGAUUUCAAAAGACGUCUUGAAGCUAAUUUAGCAUUAUUUAAGUUUAGCUCGCUUAGUUCAAUUCUCUUUACUUGUGAAUUGACCAAAAUAUUAUAUAUGCUGAAGUGAUUUGGUA